CAAACAGAACUCGGAACCCUGGAGUCACUGGGCACCCCAGUCCAGCGACGGCUGCCUGACAGUCACUUGGCUGGAGAGCGUCAGCAGCGAUCAUGCUGUGCUGCUUUCCCAGGCCUCGAGGCCGCAGCACCAGGAGCCCGUGCAGGGAAAGCACUUGGGCGCGAGUGAGAGGUUGGAUGGCUAAGUCCCCGUGCUUCAGGCCACUCACCAGGAACUACCUGGCCUUCAGGGGCAGCACAGGGCGGGUCUCCCCAGACCCAGAGACCUGGGAAUCUGAGACGAGCGGGAGCCCAGGGCAGAUCUCCCUGGACCUGGACACCAGACUCUCGGGGCCACCGAGUCCAGGACAGGUCCAGUCAGGCCCGGCCACCACUGUGAGUCCCCGGUGUAACUCCCGCCCGGCUUCCUCACUUUGAGGAGGGUGGGGGACGAGGCCAUGAGGGAGGCUCCUCCUGGGCAGGGGCAGGUGUGGGAGGCUGUGAGCCCGGGGCCCUGGCCUGUGCCCCCAGGACAGGGCUGAGAGGAGGAGAAGGGCAGUGCCCAGUGAUGAGCUGCAGCCCGCAGGGCCUUCUCCUGUCCUCUGGGGUAGAAGCCUGAGACAGAACUGUUUGUGUUUUGGGAGCACAAGGUUACCCGGAGCAGAAACAGCACAAACUGGGGUCAGGCAGAGCCUUGUGCUUGCUGCCAGCUGCCGGGCACUGUCCCCACAGAGCUGCACACAGGACACUGUGUCACUUCCGUCCUGUCAUGGCUUUAUUCUGCCGUGUCACCUCAGGGCAACUCCUGGCCAGGGCCCAUGUGGUACCCACAGGGGCUACUCGACCUGCAAAGGUGGCAGUGAGCACAGCCGGGCAGCCUCUCAGGACCAGGAAGUGGGCCUGACUUUUUCUGAGCCGUUAACAGACACCAGGGACAGGCUGGCCUCGCAGGAGGCCUGGCCCCAGGCUGAGCCUCAGUUUCUCUCUCCACCACAGGACCUGAGGGUGGGUGGGCUCUUAAUGCCCCAGGCCAUGACCUCUCCUUGUUAAUGAGCCAUGAAUUGGUAGCAUUUCUGUGUGUCCCUUCUGAAAUUACCUUCUAACAUGCAUCGCUUUUCUGCCGGCCCCACUUGUGCCCCUUCUGGUACGAGCCAUGAUGGUGACUUGCAGAGUGGUCUGGACUUCGGCCUCCAGCCCUCCUGAUGGCCUGGGUGGGCCCCAGUUCCAUGUCUCCCCUCUGUUCCCCGAGGGAGCCCCUGGAACAGGACUUCCUGGACAGCUGCCCCAUCCAGGCAGACUUCCUCCUGGACCCCUCUGGGGCCUGCAUUCCCGCCCUGCAGGAAGGGAUGGUGCUAAGGUGAGCUCUGUGGUCGGCACCCAGGGGCACUUGGCCACUGUGGCCCCAAGCCUUUGGAAGGUAUGAGCCCUGCCUCAGCCUGCUCGCAACUCUGAGCAAUAGGGCGCUGAGAAAAUCGGGCUCUCAGCAUCACUGUGGGGCAGAACUGGGGUCUCCAGGGCAGUGCUGACCGGGGCCUGCCGGAUUCCCUUCCAUCCCUGGCCGGCUGUGCUUUGCCCCACUGAGCCCUGCACAGGGGAAGGCUGUCCGUUCCCUGUAAAGGAGACCACAGAGUGACUCAGCAGGCCUCUGGUCUUCCCAGAGCAGGAGUCUGUGGGGAUGCAAAGGGCCAAGGCCUACUGACAUCAGGGAAGAGCAGGUGGGGUCCCCAUUCCAUGGACGUAUGUGAAGACACACUGUGUGCAGACCUUUCCCAGGGCUCGGCUAUGAUCGCUAGUAGCCAGAGCAGAUGCAACCCCUGCCCUCUGGGGCUUCAGUGCUGUUUGGGGUCCUCAGUCACCCUGGACAGCUGAGCAAGCAUUCCUCGAACUGCAGUAGCUGGCACUUUCCCGGCCUCCCUAGAUGGGGACCCACAGCAGUACAAGAGGAGCCCAGGAGCGGCACAGACACCGGGCAGCACAGCGCUGCAGAGCUAAAGCCUGAGGAGAGGUGGGCGGGACAGAUGCCCAUUGUCUCCCAUGUCUCAGAUCGUUACAGAGCAGUGGCCCUGUGCCCUUGAGUGUAACACGCAGCAGACACCAGACUCUGUCCUCAUGCAGCUGACAGUGGGGACGGGUGGGCAGACGGUGUGUUGGGCUGCCCUGAACAAGGCAGGGGUGGUCACACAGAGCACGGAGCCUCCUGUUAGGCUCUUGGGCUGCCUGGGCCAGCACUGCCCCACUGGGCAUGGAGAGGGUGGGGCUGGAGCACGUGCAGCCAGGCCAGGAGACCUACUUGGCCAUCUCCGCAUGUUCCCUGGGCAGGCAGCAUGGGAGGAAAGGCCAGGCCUCUCACUCUGCCUCCUACCUGCCUUUCCGGUCCUCCUUUUCUGCCCUCUACUUCUGGGCAGAGCUGCACUCCCAGGAGGAUCCACCAGCUGAACUCCUGGCCCAGCUGGAGCAAGCUGAGCCCACUGAGGCACAGCCCACGGGACCAGCUCCAGCCCCAGCUGAAGUCCCAUGUGUGGAGCCCGAGCCAGCUCCACCUGCAGCUUCCUGCCCAGCGGUGGGACCACAGCCAGAGUCCGUGGCAGCCCCUUCACCUGCUGCAGUGCUGGGGCACCUGGUGGUUGCACGGUGGUCGGUGUCACCUCCUGAGCUCCUCCUGGGGCCAGCUCCCGGGCCCCUCCCACUGUUCCCCUCACUUACGCUGGCUCUUGUUUUGGGUGGAAGCCUGGCAGCGGAGACUCCGGUCAUAGUCACAGGAGCGGGGCCAGCGAUGGGCUCCUUCUGCGGAGUCUGCAGGGCAGAGCACGCCAUCCUGGCCGAGCUCCAGGUGACCUCCCGGACUUCAGCUCCACAGGUCUUGGGGCUCACCUGGGGACAGUCUGCUCUGGUGCUGUCUGUCUCCGCUCAGAGGACAGAGGGACAGGACAGCACAGCCCCAGCCUGCCUACUUGGAGAUGGACGAACAUUCUCUCCAUCUCUAUUAAAUUUUACUUUUAAAAUAUGA